AUGCCAUGUUUCUGUUCAUUCUUUACCAUAAAUAUUUAGAAGCGCAGUUGAAAGUUAGUUGUAUUAUUAAAAUUGGUCUUAAACCUACUUGUCCUUUAUUUCUUAAAAUUGCAUCUAAUAACAAUCUUUGGAGACACAUUAGGUAUAUAUUAAUAUUAGCAUUUAAAAGCACAUUAUAUUUCGCUUCGCAUUUAAAAUAAAAGAAAAAAAACCAAUUUUAGGACUUACAAAGCCUUCAUGCAUCAACACCCUUAUAAUAACAAUAGGAGCCCUGCUACAAAGAUUGAAAACAGGAAGCACAAGAUUCACUAGUGUUUUAGAUUGUUCUAGUAGAGUAUGGAUAGGAUGGCAAUUAGAUUACUCACAACACUAAAAGAGAAAGCAUUUAUAGUGCAAUCCAAAACUUAUAAAAAAUUUGACAGCAUAUAAUCCUAUAGUGUCAGUGUUAAAAUUUUUAACACAAUAUGGCAUCUAUUUGCAGAUCUAGAACUCAUAUAUUGCCAAUAAAUGUAGGCUUAGUUAAUAUGGCAAUUCUGUUCUAUGCUUAAAAAAAGAUGCAGAAACCUGAGAGAAAUCAAUGCCCAUGUGAUCUAAUACCUGGUUAAAAAAGAAUUUUGUAUGAGUGUUAGUCGGAGCAAAUAAUACAAGCUUUUCAGGACAGCUGAUGCUAAAAUCGCUUAAUAACAUUAAUAAAGAGUCAAAAUAAUUCGGACUCUGAGUUGGUAAUUUAUAUAGUUCACAGGGUUACGCAUAGUGCUUCUAAAUUAGAGGUAUCAGAGCAAUAUUAAUAGAGAUGCUAUAAAUUGAAUACUUGGCUGUAUUUGCAAGAGAUAUCUGCUAGUAAUAUAUUGUCGUAUUUCUACAACAAUUCCGGAUCUUAGAUCACUAACUUAACAUUUGUUAUUUGAAUAGUAAAUAUCAAAACGUGUAAAGUAAAAAUCGUAUUACAAAUAAGAAUUUCAGCACCCACGACUCAACUUGGAUAUUCCUUAUGAAGUAAAUUAUGUAUGUACUUUAUCUGAAAAUGUUAAGCAUACAUUUGCA